AGAGAAGAGGAAGAGAGGAGAGAAGAGGUGGAGAGGAGAGAAGAGGUGGAGAGGAGAGGUGGAGAGGAGAGAAGAGGUGAGAGGAGAGAAGAGGAAGAGAGGAGAGAAGAGAAGAGGAAGAGAGAAGAGGUGGAGAGGAGAGAAGAGGUGGAGAGGAGAGAAGAGGAAGAGAGGAGAGAAGAGGUGGAGAGGAGAGAAGAGGAAGAGAGGAGAGAAGAGGUGGAGAGGAGAGAAGAGGAAGAGAAGAGAUAAGAGGUGGAGAGGAGAGAAGAGGAAGAGAGGAGAGAAGAGGUGGAGAGGAGAGAAGAGGUGGAGAGGAGAGAAGAGGAGAGAGAAGGGGAAGAGAGGAGAGAAGAGGUGGAGAGGAGAGAAGAGGUGGAGAGGAGAGAAGGGGAAGAGAGGAGAGAAGAGGUGGAGAGGAGAGAAGAGGUGGAGAGGAGAGAAGAGGUUGAGAGGAGAGAAGGGGAAGAGAGGAGAGAAGAGGUGGAGAGGAGAGAAGAGGUGGAGAGGAGAGAAGAGGUGGAGAGGAGAGAAGAGGAAGAGAGGAGAGAAGAGGUGGAGAGGAGAGAAGAGGUGGAGAGGAGAGAAGAGGAAGAGAGGAGAGAAGAGGUGGAGAGGAGAGAAGAGGUGGAGAGGAGAGAAGAGGAAGAGAGGAGAGAAGAGGAAGAGAGGAGAGAAGAGGUGGAGAGGAGAGAAGAGGAAGAGAGGAGAGAAGAGGAAGAGAGGAGAGAAGAGGUGGAGAGGAGAGAAGAGGUGGAGAGGAGAGAAGAGGUGGAGAGGAGAGAAGAGGUGGAGAGGAGAGAAGAGGUGGAGAAGAGAGAAGAGGUGGAGAGGAGAGAAAAGGAAGAGAGGAGAGAAGAGAGGAGAGAAGAGGUGGAGAGGAGAGAAGAGGAAGAGAGGAGAGAAGAGGUGGAGAGGAGAGAAGAGGUUGAGAGGAGAGAAGAGGUGGAGAGGAGAGAAGAGGAAGAGAGAAGAGAAGAGGAAGAGAGGAGAGAAGAGGUGGAGAGGAGAGAAGAGGUUGAGAGGAGAGAAGAGGUGGAGAGGAGAGAAGAGGAAGAGAGGAGAGAAGAGGUGGAGAGGAGAGAAGAGGUGGAGAGAGAGAGAGAGGAGAAGAGGAGAGAAGAGGUGGAGAGGAGAGAAGAGGAAGAGAGGAGAGAAGAGGUGGAGAGGAGAGAAGAGGUUGAGAGGAGAGAAGAGGUGGAGAGGAGAGAAGAGGAAGAGAGAAGAGGUGGAGAGGAGAGAAGAGAGAGGAGAGAAGAGGUGGAGAGGAGAGAAGAGGAAGAGAGGAGAGAAGAGAGGAAGAGAGAAGAGGUGGAGAGGAGAGAAGAGGUGGAGAGGAGAGAAGAGGAAGAGAGGAGAGAAGAGGUGGAGAGGAGAGAAGAGGUUGAGAGGAGAGAAGAGGUGGAGAGGAGAGAAGAGGAAGAGGAA